AUGAAUGGGGAUGUAGCUGAUUCCACGGAUGCUCGCAGUGCCCUUGGCCAGGUGGAGGCAGGAAAUGAUCGAAAUGGCCUAGAUUUCAACAGACAGAUUAAAACUGAGGACCUCAGUGACUCCCUUCAGCAGACCCUCUCCCACCGGCCAUGCCCCUUGUCACAAGGACCUACCAUGAUGUCCGGAAACCAGAUGUCUGGAGACAUGACUUCACUCCAUCCACUCCAACAGCUGGUGCUGGUUCCUGGCCACUUACAGUCUGUAUCCCAGUUCCUGCUCUCUCAGACCCAGCCUGGACAGCAAGGUCUGCAGCCAAAUCUUCUCCCCUUUCCCCAGCAACAAAGCAGUCUCCUCCUCCCUCAGACUGGGCCAGGCCUUGCGUCCCAGGCUGUUGGGCGCCCUGGUCUGCCAGGAUCUUCUUUAGAAUCCCAUCUGGAAGCAUCGCAGCAUCUCCCAGUGCCCAAGCAUCUAUCUAGUUCUGGAGGGGCUGAUGAGCCCAGUGACCUCGAGGAGCUGGAGAAGUUUGCCAAGACCUUCAAGCAGAGGCGCAUCAAGCUGGGAUUCACACAGGGAGAUGUGGGACUGGCGAUGGGAAAGCUAUAUGGAAAUGACUUUAGCCAGACUACCAUUUCACGGUUUGAGGCCCUCAAUCUGAGCUUCAAGAACAUGUGCAAGCUCAAACCACUGCUGGAGAAGUGGCUGAAUGAUGCAGAGUCCUCUCCUUCAGACACCUCAGUGAGCACCCCUAGCUCUUACCCAACCCUCAGUGAAGUAUUUGGAAGAAAGAGGAAGAAACGGACCAGCAUUGAGACCAAUAUCCGCCUGACUCUGGAGAAGAGAUUUCAAGAUAAUCCCAAACCCAGCUCUGAGGAGAUCUCCAUGAUUGCAGAGCAGUUGUCCAUGGAGAAGGAGGUGGUGAGGGUCUGGUUCUGCAACCGUCGCCAAAAGGAGAAGCGAAUUAACUGCCCUGUGGCCACACCCAUCAAAUCACCCAUCUACAAUUCCCGGCUGGUCUCUCCCUCAGGGUCUCUGGGCCCCCUUUCUGUCCCUCCUGUCCACAGCACCAUAUCUGGAACAGUCACGUCAUCCUGUUCCCCGGGGAACAACAGCAGGCCUUCGUCUCCUGGCUCAGGACUCCAUGCCAGCAGCGCCACUGCAUCUCAAAAUAACUCAAAGGCAGCAGUGAAUUCCUCCUCCAGCUUUAAUUCUUCAGGAUCUUGGUACCGAUGGAAUCAUCCCACCUACCUCCACUGA